GUUUUGGAGCCCAUUUCCUUACUAUAUAUACACACUACAUGCAUUAAUCAUUACGUUAAUCCUAAAUCCAAAAGCUUCUGAUCAGCCCAUCUCUCUUCUGUUUACAUUCCUGUCGGUCAAGUGCAAAAUUCAAAGAUGAGUUCCAUCUUUCUCAAAAAGAACACCGACAAAUCUCUUUGAAGCUGCAGCAGCGGACGCCGAUAGUCUGAACGCACGUACCAUAUUUUUCAUAGUCAGCUUCUGUAGGGUUCUGGUUUUUCGGCAUCGCAGCUUUUAGAAAGCCAAAAAAAAAAAAAAAAAAAAAAAAAGGGAGAAAAAGGGCUUUCUAUAAAGCAAAAAAUAAUAUAUAUAUAUAUCAUCAAUUUAACAACGAUUUGUGCAUGCUACUGCUGCUGGUCUUCUAAGACUCAGCUGCUCAAGUUGAAUUUCCAUUCACCCUUAUAAGCCAGUUGUUUUGUUACAAAUUUGAAAAGAGUUUUCACAAAUAUUAUUAUUCUCCAAAAAUACCAUCUGGGUCGAUCUCGAUCUCUUGCUUCUCUCUUUGUCACUGAGGUUACAUGUGCUUGCUUAUAAAGGUGGCGAACCAGCGGGGCUCAGGUAAGUAUGUCAGGUUUCCGGCUCAAGACAGUGGCGGCGAAGAUGAAUUGGGAAGAUUAUAUGGGCAAGAAGAACUACCAGGAAUAUUGCCACAAACACAAGAAACGGACCGGGGAGUACCUCAUCCGGGUGUAACCAUAUUGAGGGAGCCAGUUUUUUCCGAUCACAGCCGGACGACGAGAGAGUUGACGACAGAUAUGGUGUCGGAGCUUAGGCAUGUGGUUUCGGGUCAGAGAGGCGGUGGCUGGGGGCAACACGGGACAAGUAUGAGCGGUGGUGCUCUAACGUCGAGUUUUGGAGGUGUCUAUUCUCCUUCUCCUUCUCCACCUCUGUCUGCUUACUCUUCAAGUUCUGGCUCUGGUUUUGCCUCUGCUUCUGGAUCAAGUUCCUGGUCUGGGCAGAAGAGAGGGCGUGAAGAAGAAUCUGUUACUCAGUUGAUUGAUUCUAUUCCUAGGGGAUUUAGAGGUUCUGGUGUUGAUCAUUUCAGAGCAUCACAGGGAGGAGAUCGAGAGUCAACAUCUGGUGUAACUGCAGAAGGAUCUGCAAGUAUUUUUGCAACAACUGCCGCCGCCGCCGCCGCUACAGUAUCGGCGGCUGCACCAUCAAGAGAGAAUGCUUCUUUUGAAGAAACCGGCGAAAGGAGAAGAAGAUACAGAGGAGUAAGGCAGAGGCCAUGGGGCAAAUGGGCAGCCGAGAUACGCGAUCCCCACAAGGCUGCAAGGGUCUGGCUCGGCACGUUCGACACCGCAGAGGCCGCCGCCAGAGCCUACGAUGAAGCCGCCUUGAGGUUUAGAGGUAACAGAGCCAAACUAAAUUUCCCGGAAAAUGUCAGGGUAGUACCGCCUCUCCAAAACUACUCCGCAGCUGCCACGGCAUCGAUAUCCAUAUCGGAUUCUCAAGCAAGGCAUUUGCAGCAGACUCCAUCGCCGCAGCCAUUGCAACCACAGUUCUUUCAGCCACAACCGUACCAGGGAUCCUCUGACGUUUUCAGAGACUACUUUGAUUACUCGCAGUUGCUUCAGAGCUCGGGGGAUUUUCAUCAUGGACAACAACCCACGACGUUGGUGGAGCAGAUGUUCUAUAAUUCGCAAUUAGCCUCUCGUCAAUCAUCAUUGUUAUCAUCGUCUUCUUUAAAUACUUCAUCUUCUUCGUUUGCACCCUCUGGUUCUUCCUCCUCCUCUGCUUCACAUCCCCUGUUUUCUAAUCAGCAGUUGGGCUAUUUUCCACCACCCGGAAAUCCCAAUCAAAGUGGUGGUGAAAGCUCAGAUUUGCCGCCGCCGCCUCCGUCGUGGUCAGAUUCUGUUCACUAUCCUAGCUCUUCCAGUUAAAAUUUAUCACACAAAUUUUCUUUUUCAUCUUAAAUUUUAUAAACAUUUAGUAUUCUUUUCUGUUUUUGUUUUUUACUUAAUGAUUUUACUGUACUUUGUAUUAGCAUGUCGUUAUUUCUUUUAAUUAUUGUUUUUUCCAAUGUUGUAAAGCAAAAGAAAAAAAGGGAAUAGAUUACAGAUAGAGAGAGAGAAAGAGAAGAAAAAAGAAAAAAAAGAAGAAGACAAAGAAGCAUCUAGGAUUUUAGGUAAAAAGGGAUUUUUGAUGUAUACGCUUCUCUUAAUCAUCGAAAGAAAGAUGUAGAAGCCAAAAGCUUUGCUGGAGUUCUUUGUCUGCAUUCUGCAAUCUGCUUCAGAGCCACACAUUAAUUAGAUUGAACAAAGCACUUCAUUUUUUUCAAAAACCUUGUGGUGUCUACUAUAUAACUUGUUGCUGUUGAUGAUGAUGAUUAUCUUUUGUUUUUCUGGGUUAUAAUCUAUCUUCAACAGUGUCUUGACAAAUAUAACCUCAUUGGGUCCAUCUAAUAUGUGAAUUGGGUAUAUUUUAUUGUACAACAAAGAAUUAUCCAGUGAAAAAGACACGGUGUUUGCGUCUUUAA